GUUCCGCAGUGGAAUCAGUGUGGCCGUGUUACUAUUACUGCUGCUGUUCUGGCCGUGUUUGGACUGUAUAGGCUACCUGAAAACAACCUGCACGCAGCCAACAGAUACUUCACCUCCUGCCAGAGUUUGUUUGCUGGAAAAAUGACGCGGCAGUUUGGCACAGCUUUGAGUUGGCUCAAGGGAAGGACUGCUGGAAUCUUCUGCUGUCAUGUGUUGCUUGUUGUCAGCUGCACUUCCUUAUAUUUAAGAUAUUUAGAGAGCCUCGUCCCUGCUGACAAGCUGCCAGUGGCCAGGGAAGGAGAACUGAGACGAAGCAUCAAUGUAGACGACACACUCGACUUUACGGCCAGAAAAUGGGUUGAGACACGCACAUCUUGGAAAGCUCCUAUCAUCUGGGAGGGAAUGUUUGACCCCGAUCUUUACGACCAAAAGCACAUCCAAAACCAGUCGUCUGUGGCCCUCACUGUGUUCGCUGUGGGAAGGUACUUUGCCUACCUCAAGACGUUCCUUACCUCUGCAGAACGUCAUUUUAUGUUGGGAUUAAAAGUGACAUAUUACGUGUUCACGGAUCAACCGGAGAAGAUACCACCAGUGAACCUUGGUCCUCUGCGAAGCAUGAAGGUUGUCCUGGUGAAAAAGUACUCCAGGUGGCACGACGUAUCUAUGAUGCGCAUGAAAGCCAUCUCGGAUACCAUAGAAUCAGAGAUUCGUCACCGCUGCAAUUAUGUCUUCUGCUUUCAUGUGGAUCAGCAGUUUAAGGGAAGAUUUGGCUCCGAGGCUCUGGGGGAUUCUGUGGCCUUGCUUCAUGCCGGCUUUUUCAAAACUCCAAAGGAAGGUUGCACCUAUGACCGAAACCCCAAAUCCACAGCCUUCAUGAGAAACGGAGAUUACUACUACAAUGCUGCUGUCUUUGGAGGCCUUUGGGAAAAUGUGCAGAAUUUGGCAGAUUACUGCUUUCUGGAUAUCAUGGAGGACAAACUAAAUGAUGUGGAGGCUCAGUGGCAUGAUGAGAGUCAUCUAAACAAGUACUUUUGGCUUCACAAACCGAGCAGGCUGCUCUCCCCCAAGUACUGGUAGGGCCAGAGAAGGGGUUACAACAAGGACACACACAGACACGUCGCCCACCUAAUAUGGACAAUAUGACCCACUUCAUACUCUGUAGAGUGGCUAGAAGAUUUAAUUGCAAUAACUUUGGGAGAAAAAUGUGAGAUGUUUACCAUAAUGUUUGUAUUGGAUUCUAUUCUUGGAAAGUGGGACAGUGGAAUAACUUUUUCUACCUUUUCUGGAGAUCCAACUCAGUUGUCUUUGUGUUGAAGAAUGUGUAAGAAGGAUUAUGUUUACAAAAGGGAUGUCAAAUGUGCGUGCUUUAAUAUUUUAACAUAAAUAAAUAAAUGUUUUUAUACAAA